AUGACGUCGACCGAGCCUCCAGCGCCCGAGAUCUUCCUACUUGUGCUGCGACUGCUCGAGGGCUCGCCAUGCUCCGGUGCAUACGAGGCCCUGCGGCGCGAGGCGGAGGCGCACGGCCUGCUCGGCGAGCGGGUCGACUGGCGCGGCGGCCGGCACACGGCGUCCCUGCAGGAAGCGGCGGCGGCAGCGGGAGGGCUCCCACCGCCGGAGCACCUGCAGCGGCUCCUAUCGCAGCUGCUUGCGCUCUCGCAGACCCAGCAGCCGCCGUCCGAGCGAGUCGCCGCAGCGCCGGUCACGCUGCUGACGCAAGGGCCGCGCUCGCUCGUCACUGUUGGCGGCGAGGGCGACGGUGGCGGCGUGGAGGAGGGCGACGACGAGGGCGGCGAGGGCGCCGGCGAGGAUCGGGCUGCAGCCGGUGGGCGGAGGCUUGUCAGCUUUGGCCGGCGGGCUCCUCCUCCGCCCAGCGCGCACUGGAGCCGCUCGGGCGGCGCUGCAGCUGCAGGAGGUGCGCCUGCCCUGCUGCACGUGGCGCUGGCGAGGGAGCUCGGCGCGAGGCCGUUCCCGAGGCGACUCCUGCUCGGCCUGCGGGGCGGCAUCGGUAGCAGCAGUGGUGGCAGCAGCGGUGGCAGUGGCGGUGGCAGCGGCGACGGCGGUGGCAGCGGCAGCGCUCGCGGCGGCGGCGGCGGCGGCGGUGGCAGCAGCGGCAGCCGUCUCGGCGGCGGCGGCGGGAUGAUGUCGGCGGUAGCGGCGCUUCGCGGCCACCUCUGCGCCGCGUACUGCGUGCUCUUUGACCGGACGGGACGGAGGCUGAUCACCGGCGCCGACGACGCCGCAGUUUGGAGCUGCGUCAGCGGGCUGCUCCAGUUCACGCUGCGCGGGCACGUGCGCGAGGUGACCGACCUGAAGCUCUCCCCCGCCAACGACCACCUCGUCUCUGCAUCCAACGACACCACUGCGCGCGUGUGCGCGGACGGGGAGACCCGCCUCUACAACGCCCUCGAGUGGGAGACACCGCCCCUCCUCCUCGGCAGAGCCGCGGUGCCGCGCGCGGUCGUCGCAGCCGCGGCCGGCGACGGCGCCGCGUCGAACGGCGGCGGCACGGUCGUCGUCGAGGCGUUCGACGCGCCCGAGAGCGUCGCGUACCCCGCCCCGGCCAUCGGAAGCUCUCCUGGAGUGUGCGCAAUCUCGAGCGACGGCCUGUACGCGUGCGUCGGCAGCACGGUCCACCCGUACGUCCACUUGUGGCCUCUCGCGCCGGCGCACCGGCUCUUUGACGCCGCGGCGACCCGGCAAAAGGCGACCCGGCGGGAGGGGCAGGGGCAGGCCCAGGUGCACGCCCUCGCGCUCCACUCGCAGAGCGGCGCCAAGCCGCCGGCGCUGUGGAUUGAUGCCGUCGAGUGGAGCAGCGACGGGCGCUUCGCCGUCACCGCCGAGUCACUCCACAAGCAGACGCGCGAGGAGCCCUGCCUCUCGGCGGCGCUGCGCGCGUGGAGCAGCUGCAGCGGCGCAUGCCUCGCAACCUUCUCCGAGGGACCUCUCCCCACCCACGUCCUGCGCGCCCACCCGCACGACCCGUCCGUCUUUGCCGCCGCCGGCUACGACGGCGAGCCCCACCAGCCGCCGCGGCAGUUGCGGAUCGACGAGGAGGCGGGUGAGGCCUUCCGGGUGGACGGUGGGGAGCAGGCGAGCGAGGCGGGCGCGGCCGGUGAGUCGACGCAGCGGAGAGCGGCCAAGAGGAUCCGGGAGCAGUAG